GCCCAGGCCCACCGCCCAGGCCCAGGCCCGGCUGUGGAAGGGACCAUGGCAGGUGGGGACGGCAGCCUCCGCGUCAGGACACUCACUGAAGAAGAGAUUGUAAAAGGAAUUUUAUUCCGACAUUACAAAAAAUGUAAAGUAGAGAUUUCAAAAGCAAUAAUAAAGCCAUUUCCAUUUCUUGAGGGUCUCCGUGACCGUGAACUCAUCACCAACAAAAUGUAUGAGGACUGUCAGAGUUCUUGUAGAAACUUGGUCCCCAUCCACAACGUAGCGUACGUGGUUCUCGAGGCACUGGAGAAGACGUUCGACAUGGAAGUUCUGGAGGCGCUCUUCAGCCCGGUCAACAUGCAGGAAUACCCUGAAUUAGCUCACAUUCACGAAAGCUUUUCAGAUGAACUCAAAAAAAAAAUGAAUUCCCAAGAGGGUGAUGGAGAAGAAAUGGAUGAGAGGCCCAACAACCAUCUCGGGAUUGAACAAGAAAGUGGCGAGAGCUCUCAUCUCAGAAGCCUGCCGUGGUCUUUACUUCGCAGGUCUCCAGUUCCCUCGCCGUCUGACGGUUCUACCCGCCUCGAAAAUGAACUGGCAGAGUGCGAUUCUGACACACAACAGACAGAUGGAAGGCAAACCAAUGCAAUCUAUGACCAAAAUGACGAAGCAGACAGCCAAGAAGUACUCAGACAAUAUGCUCAAGAGUCUCCACUUGCAGAGUCCCACAAACAAGAAGCUGUCUGGUUGGAGCAUGGGGAGACAAGCUGGCAGCCGCCCAGCCCUCUGCCCUGCCAGGAAGAGGCAGUCCAGUUGCCCUAUCAUGAAACCAAAAUGAGUUCCUGUUCUGUGCUCCUCAUGGAUAUAAAGAAGGAAAAACCAUUUACAUACGUGGGUGCGAAGGAACCAGCCCUGUCAACGACUAGACCUGACCAAGCCUCUGACGUCAUAGAAAUCAGCAGCGAGGAUUCGAAAGGCGCCAGUGAUGAGGACGAGCUCGUGGAGACCUCGCCGAGAAGCAAGCCCGCUAUCAGUAACUGUAGUCCAAUAGCAUCAGCAUCACCUGAGAGGGAAGACGCACAAGAAGCCACGUGCUCCCAAUACCAGCUUGAACCAGAGUCUAUAGAUUUCGGGACAUCUGCCAUGUUCAGGAAAAGGCUUGGGAAACGUGUGAGAGGAUUUGAUGAUAGCUCCGCGGAAUCCAGUGAGGACGAGUUGCCGCCCGCAUCCUGGAUCUUAGCACCAACACGUGAGCGUGAGGAGACGGAUUCUAUGGCUAUUGGAAAAGCAUCUACUUGGAGAAUAAAUAAUAGGAAAAGAUAUGCCAUGGAUGUUGGAAACACUUCUACUUUGGCAAAAGACAGUAGGAAAAGAAAGAAAGUGAGAAAACAAAUACACCAAGUAAAACCUGCCCAGAGAGUAGUAAAGAGAUGCAAAUAUGGGAACUACUUCAUUCAGAAUAUCCGAAUACCAAAGACAGGAUGUUCAUUAAAAGGAAGAAAAGAAACCAAUGAGAAACCCUUGAGAAAAGGCAGGAAAAGAGGUCCAAGAAUUCCCAGAGAAGAAAAUGUGAAUUUUUUCUCUCCUGAACUCGCGGUGACCUGCGGUGAUGCGAAGGGAAUUCUUCAUCAGAAGAAGUUUAAGGAGAGUAUCUCGGUGAGGAGCAUACGGAGUGAAGACGGAAGGUGGUUCACCCCCAGGGAGUUUGAAAUUGAAGGGAAGUUCGAAGCCUCCAAGAACUGGAGGCUGAGCGUGCGCUGUCACGGGUGGCCUCUGAAAGAGCUGAUCAAGAAAGGAGUUCUACCAAACCCACCAAGAAAAAGGAAACAGCAGAAUGCGUGGUCUCAUAACCAAACAUUAAUUGAUUCUUACGUAAGUACUGACUCCAACCUAUCCCCCGGCGUAGCCCGGGCCUUUUCUGUGUGUCUCGCCUGUGCCAUGGCUGCUUUUUUCCCCGGUGCAGGCUCAUUUCCCACUUGGAGAGCUUUGCUGCAUGCGUGGAGCAGGGAAGACAGCAGCGCCCUCUAAGCCACGUGCAUGGAUCUGGGCUGGGGUGUCUCUGCCGGAAGGGCCUUCCCUGUGUUUCAGUAAAAAUCUUCCCCUGCCCUCAUCUUCCCCAAAGGCUGGUGAGGCAGGGCAGUGAUCUAGACCGCUGGCAUCCUUGGAGAUGGAGGUUGGCGCGGGAAUGGGCAGGGCUGGCUACAGAGGAGGAGUGAGGAGCACGUUGGAGAGGAGGAAGGCCUUUGCAAGUGGUCAGUGGACUAGAAAGGGAACUCCCUGAAAUCCACUCCCAGUUACGGGCCAACCUCACUAUGGUCUCGAGCAUCCGCCGGAAGGAGCAGUUGGUGAGUUCAGGUGCAGCUCUGUCCUUGGUCCUGCAGGGAAAUACAGAGCGGAUGGGCCCUUCGUGGAGCCUGCGUGACCGGUCUCAAGGGAGGGAGACCAAGCUGGUUAAGGCAGAAACCAUUAAGGAGCAAACAAACCAUGGGGCCUUUUCCUCCAACUGCUUGGCUGGUACUUGAUGAGGUACAAAGAAUUGUGCUCCCGGGCUGAGAAUGUGGCUUAGCGGUAGAGUGCUUGCCUAGCAUGCACGAAGGCCUGGGUUCGAUU